AUGAACGUCGAUAUUUUUGGGGCACUGCCUGGCGCAACUUCUGGGAUCCAGUCGUCGGCGAUAUGUGGAAACGGUAUUAGUCAAAUUAUCACGGGUCGCAACGGGAACGUCUACUACUACCACCACUACUACUACUAUUAUCACGAUCAUAACGACCAUCACGACGGCGACCACAACGGGAACGACGACAACGAUAACGGCGGCGGCGGCGGCGGUGGCGACGGCGACGACGACCACGGCGGUUAUUACGACGGUGACGAAAACGACGUCGGCGACGGCGAGGGCGACGACGACGGUGGCGGUGGUGGCAGACACCACGGCACCGACGACGACGAAAACAACAGUGAUUUUAGCGACGACCGGGACGAUACUCGGGACGAACGUGACGACGAAAACGACCGCGACGGUAGUAACAGCAAGGACGUCAAUUACAAAAAAAAGAAAGUGGUACCGCUGCUGCUACGCGGUAGAUAUUUUAUUGAAAAUCUCAUUGCCUCGGUUGUGUCCGAUGUAAUAGUCGAGAAAUCGAACCAGUGA